AGGCAUGGGGUCGGCUGUCAGCUGGCAGAGAGGGGGCAUCCAGCCGUCCUGAACACGGUCACUUUCACCCGACCAUCAGAGCGCGAGUUACCCAGCAGCCCUUUACCCAGCCUUCAGCCCCCAGACCCAGCCUGAGGAUGCCGGCCUCCGGGGGAACAGACCCGAAGGGGGAGGACUACUCCACCGCCAUUUUGAAACAGAAGCAACGCCCAAACCGGCUCGUCGUGGACGAGGCUCUGAAUGAGGACAACAGCAUUGUGUGUCUGUCUCAGGUGAAGAUGGAGGUGCUUCAGCUGUUCCGCGGCGACACCGUGGUGCUGCGGGGGCGGAAGCGGCGGCAGACCGUCUGCAUCGUGCUGACGGACGAAACCUGCGCAGAGGAGCGCGUGCGCAUGAACCGCGUCACGCGCAACAACCUGCGCGUUCGCCUCGGCGACGUCAUCAGCAUCCAGGCCUGCCCGGACGUUAAGUAUGGCAAACGCAUCCACGUCCUGCCCAUAGACGACACGAUCCAAGGGCUCACAGGGAACCUGUUUGAGGUCUUCCUCAAACCCUACUUCCUAGAGGCGUACCGCCCUGUGCAUAAGGGGGACAUCUUCCUGGUGAGAGGGGGCAUGAGGGCAGUGGAGUUUAAGAUCGUGGAGACAGACCCCAUCCCCCACUGCAUCGUCGCCCCUGACACCAUCAUCCACUGUGAGGGGGAACCCAUCAAAAGAGAGGAUGAGGAGGAGAGCCUGAAUGACAUUGGCUAUGAUGACAUCGGCGGAUGCCGCAAACAGCUGGCCCAGAUUAAGGAGAUGGUGGAGCUGCCACUUCGCCACCCAGGGCUCUUCAAAGCCAUCGGAGUGAAGCCUCCACGGGGGAUUCUGCUGUAUGGUCCACCGGGAACGGGGAAGACCCUGGUGGCUCGGGCCGUGGCUAACGAGACCGGAGCCUUCUUUUUCCUCAUCAAUGGGCCAGAAAUAAUGAGCAAGCUGGCAGGAGAGUCGGAGAGUAACUUGCGCAAAGCCUUCGAGGAGGGGGAGAAAAAUGCCCCAGCCAUCAUCUUCAUCGAUGAGCUGGACGCCAUUGCGCCCAAGAGGGAGAAGACUCACGGGGAGGUGGAGCGGCGAAUCGUAUCGCAGCUCCUCACCCUCAUGGACGGCCUGAAGCAGCGUGCCCAUGUGGUCGUCAUGGCAGCAACCAACCGGCCCAACAGCGUGGACCCCGCCCUGCGCCGCUUUGGGCGGUUUGAUCGGGAGAUUGACAUUGGAAUUCCAGACUCCACAGGGCGGCUUGAGAUUGUGCAAAUUCACACCAAGAACAUGAAACUGGCUGACGACGUGGACCUGGAAAUGAUCGCCAAGGAGACGCACGGGCACGUGGGGGCGGACAUGGCCGCGCUGUGUUCCGAGGCCGCGCUGCAGGCCAUCCGGAAGAAGAUGACGCUCAUCGACCUGGAGGACGAGACCAUAGACGCCGACCUCCUCAACUCCCUCGCCGUCACCAUGGACGACUUCCGGUGGGCCCUGGGCCAGAGUAACCCCUCAGCUCUGAGGGAGACGGUGGCGGAGGUUCCGCAGGUGAACUGGGAGGACAUCGGGGGCCUGGAGGAGGUGAAAAGGGAGCUGCAAGAGCUUGUGCAGUACCCGGUGGAGUACCCAGACAAAUUUCUCAAGUUUGGGAUGACCCCCUCCCGCGGCGUGCUCUUCUAUGGGCCCCCAGGCUGUGGCAAGACCCUGCUGGCCAAGGCCAUUGCCAACGAGUGCCAGGCCAACUUUGUGUCCAUAAAGGGUCCCGAGUUGCUGACCAUGUGGUUUGGGGAGUCGGAGGCUAACGUCAGGGACGUCUUCGACAAGGCUAGACAGGCGGCUCCUUGCAUCCUCUUCUUUGAUGAGCUGGACUCAAUUGCCAAGUCUCGCGGGGGCGGGGCCGGAGAUGCAGGGGGCGCGGCCGAUCGAGUCAUAAAUCAGAUCCUGACCGAGAUGGACGGCAUGACCAACAAGAAGAACGUCUUCAUCAUCGGAGCCACCAAUAGGCCUGACAUCAUUGAUCCCGCCAUUCUGCGUCCUGGCCGCCUGGACCAGCUGAUUUACAUCCCCCUGCCCGACCUGGCCUCCCGCUCGGCCAUCCUGACCGCCAACCUGCGCAAGUCCCCCAUCGCCCGUGAUGUGGACCUGCCGUAUCUGGCCCGGAUCACAGACGGCUUCUCGGGAGCGGACCUGACGGAGAUCUGCCAGCGCGCCUGUAAGCUGGCCAUCCGGGAGGCCAUCGAGGCCGAGAUGCGCGCAGAGAGACAGAGGCAGUCUCACCCGGACACCGCUAUGGAUGAGGACUCUGACCCUGUCCCAGAGAUCAGGAAGGAUCACUUUGAGGAAGCCAUGCGCUUCGCCCGCCGUUCCGUCAGUGACAACGACAUCCGCAAAUACGAGAUGUUCGCCCAGACCCUUCAGCAGAGCCGGGGAUUCGGCAACUUCAGGUUUCCCUCUGAGUCCCAGUCAGGCAGGGGUCAGGGGUCAGGACCAGGGGGCAGAGACCAGGGUAACCAGUACAGAGAGGAGGGGGAUGAUGACCUAUACCAGUGAGAAAGGGGAGAGGUGUCUAUCUCCCAAACCCUUCCUACCCCCCUCACUCCACCUUCAACUUACAGUGAAUCACCCAUCUCAUCAAGCUUUUUUUUUUACUGAUAGACUAACAAUACUGCAUAGAUGAAGCAAGAAAUGCCUGUUGAAAAUACUACCAGAAACAACAAAAGCGCAUUUAUGCGCCACAUUUCAUUCAAUGAGGUUAACAUGUUUGUGAAAGCAAGAUGACUUUCAACCAGUGCCACCAAUGCGGGGCACCUACCUUCGUGAUACAAUAUGAAAUUGGUGCCAAAAGAGUCAACUUGCACCACUGUGCUUUUUUAUUAUUAUGAAGUUACAUUUGUUUUAUAUUUUAGGCAUUGGUAGUCAUUAGGCAAAGGCUGACAUUUACUGAGCAUUGCGAUUGGACUGUUUGAAAUGUUUUCCUUCCAUGUGAUUGAACGAAUAAAAUUUUGAUUAGUCAUUUGA